AUGCAUAUGUUUGUUGCCGCCUGGAAUGCAGUCACACAACAGACUGUCAUACACAGCUUUGAAAAUGCUGGCUGUGGUGCAACAUCGUUUGUGGAGGACGAUAUCCCUGAAGAAGAUUGGAAUGUUAUAGAUGUUCCUGAGACUUUGACACUGCAAGAUUUUAUUUCGUCUGAUAAUAAUGUCCUUACUUCUACAACCACUAUGGACAUGAGUGAGCUGUUUGCUGCUGAUAUUGGUGAAAAUACUGAAAUUGGUGGUGACAGUGGUGGUGACGAGGAUGAUGAUGAUGAAGAAGUGGACUCACCAAGUUUUUCUGGAGCUGUGGAAGGACUUGAGACUGUUAGAAGGUUUUUCUCAUCCUUCGUUGUGGAUGAGUCAGUUCUUAACAUUAUUAACCAGCUGGAACGGCAACUUCUAAAAGUACGCUGUGCUGGAAGGAAGCAGCAGGCUGCUCUUCUACAUGAUUUUCAGAAAUAA